UCCAUUUAAAAUGUUCUUGCACCGCCUCUGUCUGGGUGUGUCUUUCCAAACAAAUGCCUGGACAAACUCUCAGUGAGCCCGGGCAUUCCUCCCUGAAGCACCUACUUUUUCUUUUCUUAACCUGUCCCCACUUGUAGCAGCCAUGACUGAGCUGGAAAAAUCCAUGGAAUCCAUGAUUACAGUGUUUCAUCGUUACGCCAAUGAAGGGGGAAACAAAAGCACCCUGAGCAAGAAGGAACUGAAGAAACUGAUUGAGAAUGAGUUACCAAACUUCUUAAAAAGCCAGAAAAGUCCAGACACUCUGGAUCGGAUCAUCAAAGAUCUGGACCAAAACAAAGAUGACGAGCUUGACUUUGAAGAAUUUGCUCCCUUAAUCAUCGGCCUCUCGGUCGCCUGCGAAAAGCAUUAUGCUCUGCUUCAUGAAAAGGCUAAAAAGUGAACGGUUGAGACAUCAGACCAGUGAUGAUGAUUAUUUCUGUUAUCCACUGAGGUUUAACUAAACAUUCAUUAAAGAAACACAUAAGAAGUGCG